UUACAGACCCCAGCUUCUUUUGCACAGAGUGUUCAGGAACUAACAAUUGCUCUGCAGCGGACUGGAGAUCCAGCAAACUUGAACCGACUAAGACCCCAUUUGGAGCUAUUAGCAAACAUUGACCCUAGUCCAGAUGCUCCUCCUCCUACUUGGGAACAGCUGGAAAAUGGACUGGUUGCUGUGCGUACAGUGGUACAUGGGCUGGUGGAUUAUAUCCAGAACCACAGCAAAAAAGGAGCAGAUCAACAGCAGCCUCCACAGCAUAGCAAAUAUAAAACAUACAUGUGUCGAGAUAUGAAGCAGAGGGGAGGAUGCCCUCGUGGGGCCAGCUGUACAUUUGCACACUCACAAGAGGAACUGGAAAAAUUUCGUAAAAUGAACAAACGUUUGCUUCCCAGAAGACCCCUGAGUGCCUCUUUGAAUCAACUGAAUGAGGUGGGCCUGCCUUCAGCAGCUCUCCUUCCAGAUGAAAGUGCGGUUGAUCUGCCUAGCAGGAAACCCCCUGCUCUACCAAAUGGAAUUGUAUCAGCAGGGAAUACAGUAACACAGCUGAUUCCACGUGGGACGGACCCCAGCUAUGAUUCUAGUCUGAAGCCAGGAAAGAUAGAUCAUCUGAGCAGUAGUGCUCCUGGAUCCCCUCCUGACUUGCUGGAAUCUGUCCCUAAGAAUAUUUCUGCCUUACCUGUGAAUCCACAUCCUGUACCUCCAAGGGGUCCAGCAGAUCUGCCUCCCAUGCCUAUCACCAAACCUCUUCAGAUGGUACCGCGAGGUUCUCAGUUAUAUCCAGCACAGCAAGCAGAUGUUUAUUAUCAGGAUCCUCGUGGAGCUGCCCCACCAUUUGAACCAGCACCUUAUCAGCAGGGUGUGUACUAUACUCCACCACCACAAUGUGUGUCCCGUUUUGUCCGACCUCCACCAUCUGCUCCUGAACCUGGUCCUCCCUACUUGGAUCAUUAUCCACCCUACCUCCAAGAUCGUGUUGUAAACUCCCAGUAUGGCACGCAGCCACAACAGUACCCACCUAUGUAUCCACCUCACUACGAUGGCCGUCGAGUAUACCCUGCUCAGUCUUACACGAGAGAGGAGAUUUUCCGUGAAAGCCCUAUACCCAUCGACAUUCCACCUGCAGCAGUGCCAUCCUAUGUACCAGAUUCCAGAGAAAGAUACCAACAGGUGGAGGGUUACUAUCCAGUGGCUCCUCAUCCAACUCAGAUCAGACCUUCAUACCCUAGAGAGCCUCCUUAUAGUCGGCUUCCUCCUCCUUCCCAGCCCCAUCCAAGUCUGGAUGAACUACAUCGCAGACGAAAGGAAAUAAUGGCCCAAUUAGAGGAAAGAAAGGUUAUCUCUCCACCUCCUUUUGCACCAUCACCAACAUUGCCUCCUACAUUCCAUCAAGAAGAAGUAAGCAGAUCAUUUUUUACUCCUGUUUUUCUUUUAUCAGUUUGUGUCUUGCAUAAAUAACCUUUACCUGUUCCCAGUAUUUAGAUAUUUUCCUGUUUUCUUCCAAAGGUUUAUUACUGUUUUAUUUCACAUUUAGGUCUAAAGUCCAUCUAGAAUUGAUUUUUAUAUAGAGUGCAUUCAGAGUCAAGAUCAGUUUUACAUAAGAAUAUCUCAUUGACUGUGCACCAUUUAAUGAUAUGAGAAUCCUUUCGUCAGUGCCCUGUGGUUACCUUUGUCAUAAUUAUAUAACCAGGAUGUGUGUAGUAGUACACUGCUAUAAUUCCAGCACUUGGGAGACUGAGGUAGAAGGAUCACAAGUUCAAGGCCAGUCUGAGCUACAAAGACCCUGACUCAAAAAAUAAUUAGAUGACCAUGUAUAUUUCUGAACUCUUCUGUUCCAUGGAUCUAUUUCUGUCCUUGUGCCAAUGCCACAUUCUCUUAAUAUAGUUUUAUUUUAAGUUUAGAUACAUGUUGGUGUGUAUUUUCCAGUACUCUUCAAGAAUCAGCUGUUUGGGGCUGAAGGUAUAGCUCAUUGUUUGAUCUUUUGCCAGGCAUGAACAAGGCCCUAGGUUAGAUUCCCAAAACUUUAAAUAAAGAGAGUCAGGUGCUGGUGGCUUGGGUCCAUAAUUCUAGCUACUCAGGAGAUAGAAAUCAGGAGGGUCAUGGUUCUAAGCCAGCCCUGGGCAAA